AUGCGAUGCGCGAGCAAGGCCGCCGAGAGCGCUUCCGCACGUCUCUGUGCGGACGCCGAAGCAGAAACCUUAGCAACUGAUGUCUCAUCGGUUGCUGAAGCGACCCAGCCUGUGUCACUUGGUGAUGCAGGCGCUGGUCAUGAAGACACUCAUGUCUUCACAGAGUAUGAGCUCGGUGUCUCAUACUCUCCUGAUACAGACGACGGAUCCUUAUCGACGGCAAUCGAAUCCUAG